AUGGUGCACCGCCACAUCCUUCUUGUAACAUUUCCGGCACAAGGCCACAUUAAACCAUCCCUCCAAUUCGCCAAGCAACUCAUUAAGAUGGGCCUGGAAGUCACCUUCGCCACCAGCCGCGACGCCCACCGCCGCAUGACCAAAACCACCGGACCACCACCACCUGGUUUCAACUUCGCCGCCUUCUCUGAUGGCUACGACGGCAGUUUCAAACCAAGUGAUAUUGAUGUCAAACACAUGAUGUCCGAGAUCAGGAACCGUGGGUCACAAACUCUCAGAGAUAUAAUUAAAGCCAGCGCCGACGAAGGCCGCCCCAUCACUUGCUUAGUGUAUGGGCUCUUCCUCCCUUGGGCUGCAAAGGUGGCGCGUGAAUUUGACAUCGCAGCCGCACUACUUUGGAGUCAACCAGCCACAGUUUUGGAUAUCUACCACUAUUACUUUCAUGACUAUAUAGAUAUCAAUGUUGAAAAUUGCAAAGACCCAUCAUGGUCCAUUGAGCUACCCGGAUUGCCACUGCUAAAAAUCCAUGACCUUCCCUCCUUUAUACUCCCUUCAAACUCAGGCGAAUUCAAUGCCCUCCAAUCAAUUCAAGAGCAAUUGGAAAUACUAGAUGAAGAAACCAGCCCAACAGUUCUUGUUAACUCUUUCGAUGCACUGGAGCCAGAGGCCCUAAAGGCCAUUGAUAAGUACAAUUUGAUUGGGAUUGGGCCACUAAUUCCUUCUGCUUUCUUGGAUGGAAAAGAGCCAUCAGACACUUCCUUUGGAGGUGACCUCUUUCAAAAAUCAAACUCCUAUGCCGAGUGGAUAAGCUCGAAGCCUAAAUCAUCAGUUGUUUAUGUAUCUUUUGGAAGCAUUCUGUCUCUACCAAGAAAGCAAAUGGAAGAGAUCGCUCGAGGCUUGUUAGAGAGUUGCAGGCCAUUUUUGUGGGUGAUUAAAGUGAAGGAGAAUGGAGAAGAAGAGAAAGAAGAAGAUAAACUAAGUUGCAUGGAGGAAUUGGAGCAACAAGGGAUGAUAGUGCCUUGGUGUUCUCAACUAGAGGUAUUAUCACACCCUUCACUGGGGUGUUUUGUGACACACUGUGGGUGGAAUUCUACCGUGGAGAGUUUGGUUUCUGGGGUUCCGAUGGUGGCAUUUCCUCAGUGGACAGAUCAAGGGACCAACGCGAAAAUGAUUGAAGAUGUGUGGAAGAGGGGGGUGAGGGUGAAGCCGAACGAAGAAGGAACUGUCGAGGGUGGCGAGCUUAAAAGGUGCAUAGAAAUGGUGAUGGGAGGUGGAGACAGAGCAGAAGAAUUGAGAAGAAAUGCUGAAAAAUGGAAAGAUUUGGCGAGGGAUGCUAUGAAGGAUGGUGGGUCUUCGGCCAAGAAUCUCAAGGCUUUUGUCCUAGAGAUUGGAGAAACUUUUCAUUAACUACAACAAGUUUGUGAAAGCCAGCCAGCAUAGCCUACUCUUCAUCAUCAAAUGACUACGAUCAUCAUAAGACUAUGACAGAGCAUGAGAAGACCAAUACAUGCACACAUUUAUUCAAUCAGCUUGAGUAUUCUGUUAGAGGUUGUAAAAUCAUCUAAUGAUUUUCUCAAAUUACAUUUCAGCUGUGAGAUCACAUUCUCUCUCUCUCUCUCUCUCUCUCUCUCUCUCUCUCUUCUUCUUCUUCAGUUCUCUGUGUUCUUCUGCAAAUACUUGAAGAUCUGUAACUGUAAAUUUCCCAUCAGCACACAAGGUCCAUUUAACUAAGUCUUCUCUUGCUUGGUUGGGAAGGUAGGAUAGCAAGGUAUUG